GCGGGGCUGCGGGAGCCGAGCCCAGGUGGAGUAACGCGCCUCCGGCAUCUCUCCCCGGGCCGCCGCGACGGGGCCCCGGCCGGCGCCUUCCGCCGCCCCCGCCGCGGGGCUGUGGUGCCGAGGGGUGUGACGGGCGCGGGCUGAGGGGCUGAGGCGCCCUCCGCGCUCCUCAGGGCUGGGGCGCGGGGGACGCGUUCCGGGGUCCCUGUCAGGGGCGGGAGCGGCUCCCGCGGCCGGGCUGUGCCCGGGCUGUGCCCGGCCGGGGCAGUGCCCAGUGUGGCACCCAGGGUCGCUGGAGCGGUGGGCUGUGCUUGGAGUCACUCGGGUUGUGUUUCUCUGCAUGUCAAGCGACACACCCACAAUAAAGUGCCUGCUAAGCCCAGCGCGCGGUGGACUUAAAAAGAAGCUGUCACCUUGUAAUGGAAGAAGGUGGAGCUGACCAUGAUAUUGCUAUGGAAGGAUCUAAUGAUUUGUUCAUAGGCAGCUGUAAUGGUACAGGAGAGUCAGAACCAAAUUAUCAGGUUUUUCAGAAGUUGCUAUUCAAAGUACAUUUUACUGUUUUUCCUCUGUGAAAGCAACUAAUGUGCAUGGAUUCCAGGGAUCCAUUGUUUGGCCAGAGCGACUCUCCCCCAGCCCUGCCCAUCACAGUCCCCCUCUCGGGCAGUCCUCCAGCAUCGGCUGUACCAGCGCGGCCGCCCCAGCCACACUCCCACUCUGCAGAGGAAUUGCACCUGGCAGAGCAGCCCAGGCAGCCCCUGUGUGAGCUGCAGCCCCUGGGAGGGCCCAGUGCACCCAUGAUGAUUGUUGCCAGCCAAUCAGAAAAUGGACAGGUGCUGCAUGUCAUUCCUUCUACCCAGCCAGGAGUGACCCAAGUGAUUAUUCCUCCAGGUCAGCUUCUGGAUGUGACCAGCACUCAGGAUAUUUCAGAAGAAAAGCGUAGUGAUGGGAACCUGCAGACUGUGGUGGUGGCUUCUCUAGCAGACAGUGCAAGCAGUUACAUUCUACAUCCACAGGCAUCUCUCACCAUAUCGAAAAAAGCAACCACCAGGGUAGUGGAAGACUCUUUUCCUGUCCCUCUUCAGCCAUUGCCACUAAAUACGCCUGCAUGGGCACGUCGUCUCAGGAACUGUGAGAGAAUUGGGGACUCGUACCGCGGCUAUUGUGUGAGCGAGACAGAGUUAGAGAGCAUUCUCACGCUACACAAGCAGCAAACACAGAGUGUGUGGGGGACGCGCCAGUCUCCAAGCCCAGCCAAACCCGCCACACGGUUGAUGUGGAAAUCUCAGUAUGUCCCAUAUGAUGGGAUUCCCUUUGUCAAUGCAGGAAGCAGAGCCAUUGUAAUGGAGUGCCAGUAUGGGCCGAGGAGGAAAGGAUUUCAGCCCAAAAAAUCUGGUGAGCAGGAAAGCACCUCUGGCCAGCUGUACAAAGCCACUUGUCCAGCAAGGAUCUAUAUUAAAAAGGUUCAAAAGUUUCCAGAAUACAGGGUUCCUACUGACCCUAAAAUUGACAAGAAAAUCAUAAGAAUGGAGCAGGAGAAAGCAUUCAACAUGUUGAAGAAGAACUUGAUAGAUGCUGGUGGUGUCCUCAGGUGGUAUGUACAGUUACCUACUCAGCAAGCCCACCAAUAUCAUGAAAUGGAAACUUCCUGCCUCCCUCCUUCACCAUCCCAUCUUUCUAUGUCUUCUCCUGAGGAGGAGGAGGAAGUCAUUAGAGAUGAGAACAGUACUCUGCCUUCUCGACUUCAUCCUCAAGUGGCAGACAAGAUCCGAGAACUGGUGUCUCAGGGAAUAGAGCAGGUCUAUGCAGUGAGGAAGCAACUAAGGAAGUAUGUGGAAAGAGAAUUGUUCACGCCUGAUGAAGUGCCAGAAAGACAUAACCUGUCCUUCUUCCCCACUGUGAAUGACAUCAAGAACCACAUUCAUGAAGUGCAGAAGUCCCUAAGAAAUGGAGAGAUGGUGUAUAAUUCAGAAAGUAUCCCAGCAACGCUGCAGUGGACCACAGACAGUGGGAAUGUCCUCACAGAAACAGUGACUGUUGCGUUUGCUUCACCACCUUCAGAUGGGAUCUCAGGAGUGGAGUCAGUCAUCACCAAAGCAGAAUCCAACCAGAGUGGGGAGUCCUUGAUACCUGAAACAGCUCAGCUGUUGUCUUCACUCUCUUCACUUCAGCCCAAGAUAUUUGCACAACUUCAGGGAUUACAGCUGCAGUCAACAUUUACCUCGACAAAUGGACCAACAGCCCUGCUAGCUGUAAAUAACCAUUCCCCUCCCAGCCCUUCGAGUCUCCUGGAUUCCCUGGGGAGUGCAAUAAGCAGCCAUUCUCUAGCACUCAGUCAGAGCCACAGUCUGCAAGCAGGUGCUGGCCUAACACAGGACAGUGCUGCUGCGCCUGCUUUUGGGGCUCUGCCUGGCCCUGAUCAGAGUCUGGUUGCCAUGGGCCAGCUGGGACCAGCUGAAGGGGUGGAUGACUCCAGAAGCCUAGAAGGAGGAGAGCAUCAGAUUCUCUUGGGAGAUGUACAGACUAUUCCAGUACGUCUUGUGGACAGCCAGCCAGCACUUACUGAAGAAAAUACAGAGGGUGUUGUUACCUGUGUGAGCCAAGUUAAACAAGAACCGAGAGAAAAAGCAUUGUCUAUGGAGACAGAUAAAAUCAGAGACUGCCACAGUUCUUCACCAUAGUUCUUCACCUGAAGCCUGGAAGGAUUUUUCAAAUUGGAGAACUCUAAAUGUCUUGGAAGGAAAGGCAGGUGCUCUCAAAGUACUGCCAUUCUUUUUUAAUUGUAUUAUGACAUUCGGACUAAGCGUAUUUUAGAGUAGUUAUGACAGAAAGCUGUUUUGGUUUGACUGAUGUGGCUCACUGCCAACUCCAGGUCAUUCAGUUGCCCCAUGGAACACCACCUCUCUCUUCUGUUUCAAGUUUUGAGUAAUUUGGAUUCUAUCCAAAUGGCCUAUUUUGUUCAUUGUUUCUGAAGGUCUUCCACAAUUUAAUUCCUUAGCUUUAGAAUGUGGAUCACAAUGCUGGGUUUGCAUUUUCUCCUUGAGACCCUUGACUCUUAUUGCACUACAGAGACCAUAGAAUCUGUCAGCUCCAAGAUCACAGAAUCCAACAGCAAAGCGAUCAGUAUGACAAUGGUUUUGUGAGAAAAGGAAGGUCCAGGUUGCUAAACUUCAAAGUGAUAAAGGACAUGGAUGCUUAAGAAAAUGCAGCUUUGACCUGAUCAUAAUGUUAAUGGUGUGAAGAUCAAGGAGAGGAGAAAGGUGAGGUUGCCAGGUGAACAUAAAGUUGUAUGAUAAAGCAAAGUGUAUGAAUUGUAAUGGUGAAUUUUUUUGACUUUGACAUCUUUGAACUUAAGUUCUGGCUUUGUAAUGAGGUUCAUUGAUGCAUGCAGCCUUCCUUUGCAGUGCUGCUGUAUUUGCAGUUGGUCCUAACAACUAAAUGCAGGAGUCUUUCUCAUGGAAAAUGAUUGAUGCUGCCAUUUCAGCUUAUCUACCUCUUGCUUUGUGCACUUAAAGCUAUCAGCUCAGACAAAUGUGAUUUAACCUGCUGCUGUUUGUGAUGUAGGGCUUGUGGAUACAUUCCUAACAAAGAGAAGCCCAAGAAAACAAAGGAAGUAAUCAAAGCAAUGUCCAAGUAUUCUUCACCUCAACAUUCAGAAAACAAACUCAUCUUUCUCAAAAGUGACAUAUUCUAAGACUUAAGUGGUCCAUACAAUUAAAAUAAUUACCUGGAUUCUUUAGAAAAUUGAAUGUGUUAAAAAUUAUUGUUUAGUAAUAUUUGAGUUAAAGCCAUAGUAAGUGACAAGCACUGAGCUGUGUAAUCUGUGACAGCUGUUUCCUUAAGAAAAAAAAAUCAUACCUGCAAUAACUUGGAAUCAUUUUAAAGCUGUAAAUGAAAUGAAACUGAUGCCAACAUAGAUAUCAAGUUAAGAAAUUGCAUUUUUUGCAAUUCAGAUGUUGAAUUCGUAUAGCAAAAUUCAGAGUAGUUUGUAUACAGCAACAGGAGCCUUUCUGUUAUUAGUUCCUACUAAGUAGUUGAGAACUUGAUCAUAAAAUAGGGGUUUUUUUCUGCAUGCUGUGGAAGAAUUCAGUGUGAGGACUUUUCUCUUUUUUGGACUUGAAAACAAACAAAGAACCCCAGAAAAACUAUUUCAUUUAUGUAGAGAAAAAAGUGUUGUGAAUAUUAAAUGAACCAAAAUAUUGACAUUUUAAAAUUGUUACUUUACCUUACAUUCAAGCAUUCACAAACAUCUUCUAAACAAUGGCCAUUUAAUUUUAUUUUUUUUUAAUUUUCUUUUGAGUAUUUAAAGCUAAAACUUUUGAAAGCCUUACAUUGAACUUGUGUUCCAAAUGCCUUUAUGUGCAAAAUCUGUUAGGUGCUAUAUCAUAGUCUUAAUAUAUAUUAACUUCUCUGAAGUUAACUAGCAUUGUAAACAUUAUUUGUUUAAAGCUAAUUUUUAUGGGUUAAGUCCCAUUAGAAUUUUCCAACAGGAUCAUGCUCUUAUUAAAUAAGAGCAGUAUUUUAUGAUGCAAAUGCAUUUUAAAAUCUCCAGUUUUUUGGAGCCUCUCAUAUUUAGUGUCUACACUGACUUGUUUUAUGGUAUGCUAUACUUAUUUCUGGCUAGGAAGAAUCCCCCAAGAUUUGCCUGUGGGGUAUUUUAUUUAGUUGGGUUUUUUUGUUUUGUUUGUUGUUGGUUUUUUGGUAGGUUGUUUUGCUAAUUGUCAAAGUAUCUCCCAAAUAGAUGUUCUCUGCUGCAGUCUUAGUUCUGGAGCACCCAGCCAGCAGUCCUCUUCUCUUUUCCAACUCAAAAACUGCAUACCAGAAUUGGUACCUCCUUCCAUGCUUCUGUAUUCAAUAAUCCAUCACCAUCAGUUUUUCUUAAAAUAAUGCAUUCCAAACCAUAUUCUCUUUCCCUUUCUCUUUUUUUUGAGAAUUUUUCCUCAUUUUUGAGAAUGCUUCUUUUCAAAAGAAUAAAUUACAGCUAAAGAUCACCAGCAAGAGGUUAUUUCCAUUUUAGUUCUCUUCAAAGCAGACAAUACAUUUGUGAUUGAAAUAAAAGCUUAAAGAAAGAUUAUUUCCAUUUCCAUCAGCUCUUGCUUAGUUCCCUCAUUAACAGUUCUGGUUUUAACAUGGUUCUUUCCACCAUGAGCUAUAGUCUCAUCCUGUGCUGCACGGUAUUUCUGACAGUGUUUCUGGUUUUGACCUAGUGCUCACAACUGGAGGAAACACUCUUUUAGUCCAUCUUGAAUUGCAGGCUCUGAAAUGAAUUUUAUAUUCUAUCCUGAUUUGCAUGGUAUUCUGAAAACAACAGAAGUAAAAGUUGGAAAAAUUUUAAAGAAGCAAUAAAGAAUUAGUUGUUUUUAAAAGCUGAGGAUUAGACUUGCAAUUCUGUUUAUUGGAAAAUUUAUUUUAAAUUAUUCUUCACUCAAUACUCACAUUUUUGUCUUCAGUUUUCUUCAUUUUCACAGAAUUUAAUUUCUUUGUCUUCCAAAUAUAUAAUUCAGCUUAUUACUGUUAUUUUUUUUAAUGUAAUAUAAUCUUUCUUUUUCAAAGUAUGUGUUUUACAUUUGUUUUGUGCAUAUUGCUAAAGAAGGAACAUGAAUUCGUCUCCAUGUCCAGUCUCUAUAUUUGAUUUAAUGCCUUUGUUCACUAAUAGCCACCUACAUUUUAUAGAGAAGACUGUUAAGUAUCUGAAAAUAAACAAAGUAAAUGCUGCCAUGUUCAAUGGUUAAAAUAGUUUAAAUAGAAUACUUAAGGCUGAUUUUUCAGAGUAAUCUGUGUAGCUUGAUGCAAAGUAGUUGGUUAUUAUUUUGUGUUGGAAUUGUAGAUGUUUUUCUGAUGUUUGCUUUGUUUUCUUGUGGUUGUUGUGUGCAAGCACUUACUUUGCAAACCUAGAAUUCUUGGCCUUCAACUGUAGUGUAAAUGAACAACUGAUUUUCCAGUUAUCCUUGUUGAUUGUCUGUAAGAGUGAUUGGUUGCUUUACAAGAAGAGAUGUGCUUCUGUAUGUGCAUGCAAAAAUAACCUUUUGGUAAAAUGUAGAGAAGGUGUAAAAAGGUGUACAUCCAUAGCUCUUCUUCAAGGCUGGAGGCCUCUUGGAUGGAAACCAGUACUGGAAAUGAGUGCUUUUUAUUGGUACAAAAUUAUUGCAGUUUCUACAAAAUUUAGAGGCACAAAUGUCUGUAUAUAUAUGUGUGUAUAUAUAUUUUUUUUCUAUAGUAACUUACUGUAUAAUAUUCCUAUUCAAAUGUAAACUACUUGUUCUUUUAAAGUAAUGGCCUAUUUUGUGGCUAUGGGGGCUCAUGGGGAGAAAUGCAAGAGCUCUUUCAGGGCAGUGGAUAUUAGAGAUGAUGGACCACAAGUAGGAGAGCUCCAGGGAGACUAGGUGGAAGAAGUUCCUGAAAAGCAAGGAUCCUGCUUGGAGGACUGAUGGGAGCUGUGCUUGGAGGGCUCUGGGGCUGAGAGCCCAAAGGCUCAGUGCAGUUCCUGAUUCUGUCCAUAGUCCUCUCUAUGCCAGUAGUGGAUAGUGUGAGUUCGUGGUAGGAAUUUAAAGGUAUGGGAAAAAAGGGAAUCCUGCCCUGCCCUUAAAAACAGAGAAGCUGCUGGAAUUUUGGUGAGCACCAGAGUCGGGUAAAUGACUCCCCAUAGUCUGAGAUGCCCAUUCUUAGCUUCUAAUAUGAAGAAGAAGCUCCUCUUGGAGCUUCAGCCCAGGGAUGUAGACUCUUUUUCUUUACCUGUUAUCAAGGAAAGCAAACAUUUUCUUCCCAACUGAACUAACCUGCUGCUUUCCUCAUCCCACUGACUGCAGUUCAGUAUCUGCCCAAAUGUCUCUCCAUACUUAUUAAGGCUUCCACAGAAAUCCCAUGCCCUCAGGCCCUCCAGUUCUCACUCUUUCACUGUUGGACUGUUGAAGGAGCUGCUGAGUUCACUGCACAGGUAAACACUGGUGAGCUUUGCCCCAUCAGUUUUUCUCCCUCCUUCCCCAUGAUCAUAAGUACAUAUGUUCCUUUAAAUUGCAUUAAGUUUUUUUUCUUGCUUGCUUAAGGGUUUAUCAUCAUUACUGGGAUGCAUAUGAGGGAGCACCAUUUCACAGACCAUUUACAUUCACAGCAACUGAGCAACUGAAAAUAUUUGAUAAAAUAGGGAGGAAAGAAUGGUUUCUGCCAGCUGUUAGGGCUGGCCUCUUUCAUACCACUUGAAUUGAUGAUUCUGGCUGUGGAUAGUAGCUGCCCGUUGUCUGUCUGUUGGCAAAAAUGCAAUUUUCUCCCUUAAGCCUAUUCAAGCACAUACGUUCUCAGAUGUUUAGGUAGGAAGAAUCUGUUCCAUUAGGGAUAGCAAGUGUGAUAUAGCUGAGCAUGGUGCUGGGAAAAGUUACUGUUCUUUAUGGGUCUCUGAUGAGAAAAUCAUCUUUGAUCUGCAUUGCCUUUCUGAACAAAGCUUUUGUAGGAAUAGACUUCAGAUCCUGUCCCAUCAGUAACAAUUAUCUUCUCCCAGCAACAGUGCACAACAUUAAUAAAUGAAACAAGCCCUGUGUAAAACAGGUGGUGUUGAUUUUUUUAGGUCAGAAGCUAUCCAGUUGGUCUACCCAACAACAGCAGCUAAGGUAUGAUUUGAGGAGGAAAUAACAGGAGUACAUGUGCAUGCAUUUUUUUUCCAAUACAAGCUCUUACAUCUGAGUAUCCCAUUCCAUUUCUGGUGCACAUGGCAAAUGACGUGAAGGGAUUUGAAGUGUUUUCUGGAGAGUCUUCAAAGGAGUGAUCAGAGAUAGUACUGCUGUAUCAUACAAACUACUAAUACAUGUUUGUCAACUAGGACCCCAUUCUGUUCUUGUACAGAAGGGGUUUUAAAAGCAUGGGAAGCUUUACAAGGACAAGUACUGAGUGUCCUUAUCCUAAGGAGUCUUCUCUGGACAGGAAAAUAGGAGCUGUGGGAGUAAUUCUCAUCAGUAGUCUGUUGGCCUCUGAUAGAUAGAGGAAGCCUUGCAAAAAGCAUGUAUAUGACAGCCCCUUAUUGCAAAUUACCUUUGGAUACUUAAUAGUUGUAAAAUACAUAUGGUACAUACAUAGAUGUAUGUAUCUUAAAAUAAAAUGGAGACAUGACUAUAGUUGUUUGCACAUAAUUCUUUAAUACCAUUUUAAUUACACUUAUCUGUGGUUAAAUGAUGCAGAUAUUUUAGGGCACAUGUAAUCAGAUCUUUUAAUGUGGAUAAUUGGAAUUCAUGUUUUUACUACAGCCAUCCUUUGCUCUCUGCAGCGCAGCUCGGUCAUUUGGCAUGUACUGGCUUCUGUUAAUGACAUUCUGCCUGUUUAAACAAGAGCAUACUGUUCUAAGCAAAUUAAAUUUCUCACUCUUCCUGAUCUUUUUUCUAAUAAGGAUUGAUAAGGCUCAUCAUGAAAAUCUGUUUGUGGUAUAGUGCUUUCAUAAGAAUUGAUUUCUGGAAGGAGCUAGAUACUGUUGGAUCUGUCCAUUUGGACAUUUGUCUAGUGUACUUGGAUUUCUAUAGCAGGACAGUGUCAAUACAGCAUAAGCUGCCACUAAAAUACUGUAAAAAUUGCAACUCCCUCCCUUGGUCAAAUGUUGACAGCUCAGUGGCUCCAGGAAAGAUCAUAGGAAUACUUAGGCUCUUUGGAGAACAGUUUCUGUCUGUAGAUACUAUUUAAAACAUAAUUAGGUUUGGCAAUCAAAUGGCAGUAGGAGAGCCAGAAACAGAGGUGUGUGUUGUCAGGUCAGUGAGAGCGGAAGAAGUUCAGUCCCAGUGUCCUUGUGCCAGACUAACAUUCUCUGUGCUAGUCCUGAAAGCACCCUUGAGAAACAGUGAUUGUCUGUGUGCUGACAUAGCUGUUCUUUCUGCUUGUCCACUCAAGAAUUUCUACAAGCCUUCAAGGGACGUGGAGAGCAUGAAAGUGUGUAAGAUCUUAUGAGAGGACCUGCUGGAAUGAAACAGAGGAGGUUAAAGUUUGAUGAUGUGACUUCUAUAUAAUGCACUUUCUUUGGUGGGAGGAAGAGGAUUUUCCAAUAGAGAAUAAAAAACAUGAAGCAUUUCAAACUACCCCUCAAAACCACCAUGCUCAGAGCCUGAAAGGAUCACUUACCUCUGAGAGCACUCCAGAUAACUGUCAAGAAGCCAGAGCAGAGAACAGAAGAGGAAAAGAAGUUUGCAAAAAGCUGCUUGCAGGAGAUAGAAAGCUCUCAAACUUACAGCUGAAGACUGCAAUUUCUUAUGGCUGAAAUGGCUCACUUUAGAUGUGUACUAGUUGUCUUCUGAAUGUAAACUGGUCUGAUAACUCCAUGUUUUUGGCUGUUGACAAAGCUGUUAUUGCAUCUGAGGUGUUCUGUACAUCGGAGAUGGAGGAAGUGCGAACCUUCUUGACCUUGUUUCUACUGAGAACAGAUGAUCUGUGGAAAGAGGGCUUUACCAGUUUAAAAUCAAUAUCCUCACAAUAAUUUGGUGCGUGUACAUGUUUUUCAUGUCAGGUGCUAGUGCAUGUCUAACUUUGUACAUAAUAGAAGCCAUAAAAUUACCUCUCACUGGCCUAGCCAUAUUUUUUAUCGUCUCCUACCACUGUACUCAUUGUUUUUUGAGAGUGGGGCAAUCGUUUUAACAUAUAUGUUGUGAUUUUCUACUUUUCUGCCUUUCUCCUGUUGCCUCUUUCUCAUACCCAGAGCAGCACAGAAACAAAUUUCUCACUUUAAAAAAACUUCUCCAUCCUCAGUUUCCUAUGUUUUGGGGUUUUCUCUUUGCUUUAUUGUGCUGGACUUUGAUUUCUUACAUGACUGAAAUGUAAAAUAUCAUUGCAUUUUGCUUAAGGAGUGGGAAAUACUGGGGUGGGCUACUUCACUCCAGAAGUCCUCAGAGGAAUUACCUACCACAGGUUCUGCUCCUGCACCUGCAUCUCCACACAGGCCAGCACAAGCACAGAACUGUGCUGAUGCCCUUUGUGUACCAGCCUGUUAUCAGUACAAAGUUAUUGCUGUGAAUCCAGAUCAGUCUGUAGGUCUGCCCCACUGUGUCCCCACAAAUGACUCUUUGGGCACAACUUGAAAGAGAGCACAGGAGACAGCCAGAAAGUUCUUAAUGUUCAUCUUUUAGUUUGUGGUUCUGUAUUGAGUUCAGGUGCUCUGGUGUGGGUGGUCCUGUGCAGGACGCAGCUGGUUCCAGACAGCUCAGCAACAGCCCCGCCAUGGGACACAGCUGAGCACAUUGGUGAAGCUGGGGCACCUCUGUGGCAGUGUCUGUAAGAAAGGGCAAAAUGCUGCAUGGCAGAGAGGAGUGAGGAAGAAGGUGAAACGGUUCUCUGAGCACCCAAGCCAGAGAAGAAGAAGAAGGAGGAAUUGCUUCUGGUGCUGGAAAUUAAGACCACAGAGGAUCACAUGUCAGAGUAGGUGCAGAUUUUUUUGAAGGAACUGCAGUCUGUGGAGAGGAGCCAUGCCAGAACAGGCUUCUGCUGAAGGACUGCAGCCUGUGGAGAGAGCCCAUGAUGGAGUGACAGAAAUCAGCUGUUACAGACUGACUGCAACACCCAUGUUCCACUUUGCCCUGUGCUACCUUGGACAAGGGGAGACAGAGAAGUUGGGGGUUCAAAGUGUGAAAGAGGGCAACAGAAUGGAAUGUGCUGUUUUAAUUUGCUUUUGUUUCUUAGUGAUUUAAUCUAUUUUAAUUGGCAAUAAAUUAAAUUAGCUUUCCUCAUAUUGAUUCAAAUAUUGAAAUUUACAUCUGGAUGUCAGUUAUGGUAGAAAAUCCUGAUUUCUGUUUGAUCACUGCAAGUCAUUAUUGCCUUUAAUUUUUAAGUAAUCAAAUUUUAAUUUUUAAGGAUUCAUUCUGUGUGAAGAAAGUAGUGUACCUUGUCUGAAUCAGGAAUUACAUUUCUGGAUGUAUUCUGGUUAGGCCUUUCAAGUUCAGCGUACUCACCUCUUCACUAGAGUAGAUCUCAUUGGUGAAUUAUCUCAGGAACAUGUCUAAUCCGUUACAUUUCAGCUGGAAAAGAAUACCAGCCAUAUUUUUACAGGUUUGAGCAUGGGAGAGUUGUUCUGAGGAGACGAUGCUGCAGUAUUAUUUACUUUGGUAAAGCUGUUCUUACAGGUGUUAAUGGUGUGGCAUCUUCCCAGUGUUAUGUCUAGCAGUGCUUCAGAAUGGGGCAAAGUUUGUGGUGAGUGGCAUCUUCAGUGAAAGUGCUGUUAACUUUGGGCAAAGAAAUAAGCAGAGUUUGGGAAUGGGAUUUAUGCUCUUGUGCUUUUCAGAGAUUAUUUAGGAAAAUAAUAAAAGUAAUAAGAAUAAUAAGUAAUAGUAAAGUAAUAAGUAAAAUAAUAAGUAGUAAGAAUAAGAAGGGAACUUCCUUUAGAGGAUAAGUUUUAUAUGUAUGUUCUUACACCACCUUUGGAAAAUAUCUGGCACUGGACACCAAGGGUAUCUAGGCAGGGUACUAGGUGACAUGACACACUUACUGGUUUAUAAUGGGAGCACUGAAAUACAAACUUGAUGGAUAGCUUCCUAACAUUAGCUAAAUUAAUCUUCAUUUUUUUGUCCUCUCUCUUCACAUUUCACUAUAAAGGGAAGAGUCUCUGUUAAAGGGAACAUGGUGAAUUGUUAUCUGUCCAUAAAACUGUUUGUAAACAGUUGGAUGAAAAGGACUUCUUUGAUAAUGAAUUAGAUGAGCUUUGGAAAAAAUUGCACUGUCACUGUAACUUCAAGUAUUUUCUUCCAAAGAUAUUGCUCACUAUUGAUUAUUGUCUUACUGUUUAUUUGCUGUAUAAUUUAUUUGUUAAGCUUUUCUGGCCAUGUCAGGGCCAUAGAAGUAAUACAUAUGGCAGUUCUCUUUUCCUUUGAAGUUUUAUAAAAGGGGAAAGAAUUCUUCAUUUUGCAUUUAGGCUCCAGCUGCUCUGGAAAAGUCCAUGAUUAUCUGUGUUCCAUAGCUACCAAACAAUACCAAAAAGUAUUCCAUAAACUUGUGAUUUUUCCUUGGAUCAGGCAAAGUGAGUUUGACAUCUUUAGGAAAAAAAAGGCAGACUACACUAGAACCAAAUUUAGCAUUAUCAGGAGCUGUGACCUAGGGUUCAUCAGUUGCAAUUGUAAAAAGAUUGAUGUUUUCAUAGUGUUUCAAAUGUUUUCAUUAAUCUAAUUUAAUCUGUGAACAGAAGUAUCUUCAUUCCUCUUAUUUCAGACUUCUGAACUCCUUUGCAAAAUGAGAGAUCGCUAGUGAGAUUAGCUAAUAACUGCAAAAAUGGAAAAGUUUCACUGAGAACAGGUGUGGUAACAAUGUACCAUAAAGUCAGCCAGCAUAAUUAACAUUAGUAAGGUAAGAUCUUUCCAGAGGGUAACUACAGGCUAAUACUUUUGGUGGGACACUGAUGUUUAUUCUGGUCUUGCUAACAAAAAUAAUGUUUAUGAGCCAUUGCAGAAAGAACUGGGAAAUAAAGCACUUUGUAAAAUGCCA